AUGUCAUUUAAAUGCCUGAUGGCCUCUCCCUCUCUCCCACCCCCUGCCUCGCCUCUCUCGGAGGACACACCUGAAAAGCCUUUUUCCUCUCUCAUGAACCCUUUGCACUACCAUCUCCGCCUCCUCUCUUAUCCCCCCACCUCUCUAAAAGCAUUUCUAUUACACCCCCCCAUCUUUCCUCGCUUGGCAACUUUAGCUAACCCCUCCAGAACAUCUCUAAAUGAAGCCUUAUUAAUAAUACUUUCUGGCUUGCCCCCCCAAGAAAAGAAGAAGAAGAAGAAAAUGCCCCCCCAUUGUAUUCUUCUCUCAAAAAGGAAUUUCUUGCCUCCCAGCCUCGCUUCUUCCGGAAAGUUUGAACCCCCAGAUCACCGAAAAAAAACAGCCAGAAGGAAGGUCUCUCCCUUCUCUCUUGCCCCCAGCCCUGCUCUUCUCUCCGCCACUCUCUCUUGCCCCCCAGCCUCGCUUCUCUCCUUCACUAUCUUGCCCCCACUGUUGUAUGAUUAUCCACCACUUUCUCUUUUUUUUUUUUCUCUUUCAUUAUUAUAUCGCUUCUUGCCCCAAUCUCUCUUUUUCCCCCAGCCUGCUUUCUCUGCCAGCCUCUCUUGCCCCCCCAGCCUCUCUUCUCUUCCCCAGCCUCAGCCCCAAUUUCUUCUCCGCCUCUCUUGCCCCCCACCCACUUUGCUUAUCUCUGUCUCUUACCCCUGCCUUUUAUUACAUAUUUCAUCUUUUCUUUUUGCCUUUUAUUACAUAUUUCAUCUUUUCUUUUUGCCUUUUACUUUCUAUCACUAUUUCUUCCUCUUUUCAUUUCCUGUCUCAUCUUCCUAUAACUUAUUUCUUCCACUUUCGAUCACUUCCAUUUUCAUUGUCUACUUAUUUGGACACCUUUUUUCUGUCAUUUUCUUUAAAAGCUUCAUCUUUUCUCUUCAUAUUUUUAUUUUUUAUUUUUCUCACUAG